AUGAACAAUGGCCUCGAGGCGGUGCCCCAUCGCCGACACCCGGAUCCCUCGUCGCCCUCGUCGAGCGCUGACGACAUUGACGUGGCCACGGUAGAGGAUGCGGCCAUUAUCCAGAGCAUCGAGCAGGGCCAUUACGCCGACGUCGACCAAGAUACAUACAGCCUCACCGACAGCAUCCGCCAGCACGUCGUUGACGGCCACCUACGGUACCAUGCCUACCACGCCGGCAUGUACAACUUCCCCAACGACGAGACGGAGCAGUACCGCGACGACCUCAAGCACAGCCUGACCAUCCACCUAUGCGAUGGCAACUACUUUUACGCUCCCUGCCACGAGAGGCUCGAGCGCGGCGCCCACGUGCUCGAUCUGGGCACCGGCACCGGAAAGUGGUGCAUGGAAAUGGCCGACUUUUACCCAAAAUCCCGCUUCCAUGGGAUGGACCUGUCUCCCAUUCAACCGGACUGGGUUCCGGAAAACGUAGAGUUCUUUGUCGACGACAUUGAGCACGAGAACGGAUGGACUUAUGCAGAAAAUAGCUUCGACUACAUCCACGUACGCCACACCAUACACUCCAUCAAGGACCGCCCCCAGAUGUGGAAGCGUAUAUACCACCACUUGAAGCCGGGCGGGUACGUCGAGGUCCAGGAGUUUCACUACGUUUCUGCCUGCGACGACGGAUCGUGCGAUGGCCCCUAUGCUUGGCGCGACUUUUUGAAAUAUCUCGAGGCCGGCCUGGCUGCCCUUGGUUCCCAGCUCAACAGUGUCCAGUACGCCGAGGACGAGCUGCUCGCUGCCGGCUUCACAGACUUGCGCUACCAGGAUCUCAAGUGUCCCGUCGGGCCGUGGCCAAAGAAGCUGCGCCUGCAGGAGUGCGGCCACAUCCUGCGCGACGUCAUCAUGUGGGGGCUAGUUGGCCUCUCGAAGCGGCCCUUCCGGGACGGCCUGGGCUGGACAGACCUGCAGAUUGAAAUGUUCCUCGUCAAUGUUCGCAAGGAUCUUUCGCGGCAGGUCGGCAGCUUGCCCCGGUUCCACUCCUAUUUCCCCUUUCGUAGCAUCUCUGGCCGCAAGCCGCCGUAG